CGUUGGGACCAGGUGGCAGCGACAGUCCUUCCAUGUACCCCCAACGCUAUUGGCAAUAAGGUGGUUGUGCAGCUCAAGUGCGCCCAGCAGGGGAGUCAGCCUUGUACCUGAGCACCGAAUUCUAUGCGCGGAUUUGUUGGUCGACAGAUGUCCUGGGAGGACUAUCAAUCAGCAAGGCGUCAAUGCACCAAGCGCGCAGAGGCUUGAUUAUCGGGUGGAGCUCAUGUAGGAGAAAUAAUCGGCAUGCGAAGGGCUCGCGAGUGGCAGCCACCACGCCGAUUGGCUCCACCGGUAGGCGGUUAUUGUCUCGUUCCGGCUGGGGGAGCGGUGGACGCGGUCUGGCCAAAAAAUCUUUUGUUUACUCGACAGCAGUUUUUUUGAGCCGUAUAGAAAGGUGCCGCGACAAAUCAGGCCCCAGUUGUCCGCAAGAUGUCCACUACAUAAAUUUCUGCUUCUCCCUUGACCAGUCCUUUCUUGCUUCCUGCUUCUUGGUGGUUAUAAUUUUUCUCUACUGUCUUCCGACACCCGCCUCGCUUUCUCAUACACCUCUUCCCGCUUUUCAUCACCCGCCUCACCUGCCGGUCUGUCUAUAUAGAAGCACCGUCCCGUCGCCUUCAAACCUCCCCUUGACACCUCUCCCACUCCCCCCAACAUACACCUGAAAGGCAUCAGUCGCACCUCUGCACUUUCAAACCUAUUUUGUUACCUGGCGAAAGCGCUUCUCCCCUUCGUCCCCGCACCAGCUCAUAUUACCUUUCUCUCAUCUGUUGCAGUAAUUACCAGUU